AUACCUGCGUUUAGCGUAGUGUUCGACAUGCUUUUGCGAGAGAAAAGUUUUCUGUUACUUUUGGAAUUCACUUAAAUCAUAAGUGAUCAGUUGUGUUAUAAGUAUUCAGGAGACAAUAUGAAAUAAUAUAAGUUAACAAAAUUCCUUGGAUAAGUUAUCGUGUUUGGAAAUACCUUCAUUAUUUGAUUAACAUCAACAAAUAUUUGACAUUUUUGUAUUGUGCUAAUCAUGGCGGAUUUCUUUCUUUGUCUUUGGACGGCGUUAUUUUUUGUAAGGACGAUCUUAGCAUCUUCUGCUUAUUAUGUAGACAAUGGUAUCGGACAGACAGAAAAAGUGCAUGAGAUGAACUCACGAGAUAAACGCGAGCUUCAACAUGAGAUUCUUACAUUACUUGGUUUACAUCAAAGACCCAAACCGAAAUCCAGCACAACUAAGGAUUCAGCUCCGACUUUUAUGUUGAGUCUGUAUAAUUCCAUUACUUCAGACAAUGGGGUGGUGAGAGAUGACGGUAGUUUUCAUACAAGUCAUAACGUCACUGUGGGAGAUAGUGUUGUCCAACCCAUUGAAGGAACUGACGUUAUCAUUAGUUUUGUCAACAAAGCCAGAAGAGUUCCACACCUGCGGCAUGAAAAGGACAGAACCUUUUUCUUUGACUUUAGUGAUGUUACUGCCAAAGAAACAGUGGUCGGGGCCGAGCUUAGGCUUUAUAAAGAAAAAGCCAAAAAAUGGAAAAAGAACCAUGAUUUCCAAAUUCAGAUCUAUAUGAUAAGACAAGGAAAAGACCCUGAAGAUAAAAUCCUAGAGUCUGUCUCCAAUGUAACUGUACAGGCCAGAACGGAGGGGUGGAUCACAUUCAACUUGACACGAGCUGCUGAGCUGUGGACCAUUCAGCCAGAGACUAACCUAGGACUGUUCAUGAAAGUCUUAUUUAUUAUUAAAGGUAGAGAAAUUGACCCUAACAAACUGGGUAUCAUCAGUUAUAAAGGUUCAGAGGAUAAGAGGCCAUUCAUGGUGGGAUUUUUCUCCUCACAAGAAAUGGUUUAUCCCCACAGGACACGAACAGCCCUCAGACGACGGCGGGAGCUGUACUCCUACAGGGAGGAGAAAGAAAAAUACCAGGAUUAUAAUUUGUCUCGUCACAAGCGGGGUGCAGGAAGGUGGCCAUGUCAGAGGCGAUCCUUGUAUGUCAAGUUCCGAGAUCUUGGGUGGCAGAGCUGGAUUAUAGCCCCUGAUGGAUACCAUGCUUUCUUCUGUGAGGGAGAAUGUUCAUUUCCCAUAGGAAAUCAUGUUAACGCCACAAAUCAUGCCAUUGUACAGACACUUGUCCACAUGUAUACCCCCUAUAAGGCCCCCAGCCCUGGGUGUGCCCCAUCAAAGCUCAGUGCCCAGUCCGUACUCUACUUUGAUGAUGAUGGUAAUGUAGUUCUGAAAAAAUUCCCUAAGAUGAUCGUCACAUCCUGUGGAUGCCAUUGAGAAGUCUAGUAUCUUGUCACUGUGCUGUAGUUUCCAGUGGAGUUAGGAAAAGAAAUAUUGUAGAAUUCCCCUGUUAACCUGUCUAUUAUUCUGUCAGAAUCUUUGUCCAGUCCGUAAAAUUGUUAUAAAAGAGGCAUUUCUAUGCUCUUUAUUUGCUUAUCAGGGUUUUGCUGUGACAUUGACACAAGGACUAGGUCAAGGUUGUCCAUAGACAAAUAUCUGCUGUGCAGGGAGUAUGUUAUUUCCAGUUGAGUUUCAGAUCAGGGGAUUAGCAGUUUAGCUACUAGGACACUUAGUCUUUUGUUGGUAUAUAGAUGUUUUGAUUUGUUUAAUUUAUUUUGUAAAAGCCAAAGAAUCUCAAUGACCUGAACCAUGAUUGCCUCAUGUUUCAAUUAGUAAAUAACACCUGUGCCUUUUUCAUAUAUAUCUGAACAAGUUUACAUGUCUAUAUAAUCAUUAUUUACAAAAUGUGUUUGUCCAUUAGUUGAUAUAAAAGUGCCCAGAAGCAUUAAGUGCCUCCACUUUUAUGACAGCUUUUUUGCUAAUAAUUCAGAUCUGGUAGAUUUACAGUUUCUAAUAUUUUUGUAUCGUAGUCAACAUUUCUAUGAAAAGAAUUACGCAACAUCAUUAUUUUCAUUUUUGAGAUUUAGACUGAUCUGCAAUAUCUGGUCUUCCUUUGUUUUUCUGAGCUUUGGUACUCAAUUAAAAUAAAAUGUUUGCUGAAGCUUUCAUGAAAAAUUCUUUGUCAAUGUACAUACAUAUAUCAUAAAUUUAGAUGUACAGAAAUUUAACUCAAAGGGAAGAAAAAAAUACCAAGGAUUUUAAGACAGUACUAGCUUUUUUGUGCUCUUAAAUUGUUACAUAUCAGUUUGGUUCAUAUCUUAGAGUCUGUAUGCAUAAUUAUUUUUAGACAUGAAGAGAAUUAAGUUUGAAUUGUAUAAAUAUGAUUAAUUUUGUAAUAUUUUUUUGAAUUUUGUGUACAAAGUAUUCCUGUUUUUUUCAGUGUAAGUCUAGGCAAUAUGUCUGGUAUAUCCAUAAAUCUUGCCUAGAAGUCAGGUCGAAUUAAUAUUUAUUAAUUAAAGAAAAGUGAUUUUUGUUGACAUUAAUAUUUUUUCAGACACUUUAUGAAUCUAUUAUGGACCAAAAAAACCCUCUUUGAAAGUUUUGGGUCGUUAUUUUUUAUUCUUAAUCUAGAUACUUCCACUAUUGUGGAAUCAUUUUAAUUUGAGGGGGUCAAUGUUCAUGGGUAAUCAAAAUUUUACUGGUUCAUAGGGAUGUAAUUUUGUGGCACUCAUAAAUAAUGAAAAUGAAAUGAAGAUAUAUAUUGAUAAUGUUAUAAUUGAUGGAGAUGUAAAUUUGUGGGUAAGGGAGACCCAUGAACAUUGGUCUCCCAUUAAAAGUGAUGAUUCUGCAGUACAUGCAAUUUUUUAAUAAUUUUUUUUUCCUUUCAGGAAUGCAAAAAUACAUACAAGGCUUUAUCUUUUAUGUCUUUGUCAGUUUCAUUUCUGCCUUUUUUAGCGGAUAUAUCUACAGUAAAACUUGUUUAGUAUAACAUGGAUAUAGCAAAGUUUUGGGGGAUCCCUAACUAAAUUCUUAACGAUUCCUUGUAAAAUUUUACUGUUAUAACGAACUCUGAUAUAGUGUAUUUAUGGAUAUAGUGAACUGAUUUUGUGCCCCAUAGAGGUUAAAAAUGACAAAAAUUGCCUCUUUUAUAAUAAAUUUUUCAAGAUUACAAAAUUUAAAAUAGGAACUGACAUUAUUUUUUCAUACUAAGUACAUGUAUUAACAUUUGACUUUCAAUUUAUAAGAAAACUUUAGUGUAAUCCAAGGUAAGUUCUGUUCUUAAUACUUCCCUGAUCAUAUUCAGUAGUCAUUCUUGAAGGUAAACGUACAUUGCAAAUUCACAAUAUAUACUUUAACAAAUUUGUUAUAGAUAUAACGAAUUACAGAUACAUGUAUAAUGAAGUAAAUUCACAGGUCCCCAGUACUUCGCUGAGUUUUACUGUAGUAUAUAAUGGUAAAGAGAGUACUGUUGUAAAACUUAAUACAUACAUAUAAUGAAUGAAGGGGGGAACUGAAUAAACUGAAUAUGAAGCAAAAACAGAUUUUAAGAAAACAGAAAAAUUACUAUCAAAAAAAUUAAAACUAUACAGUUGCCAGGGGAUGACUUGAAUUUCAUUUAAGUUAAAACAGACUACUUUUUGAACAUUUGAACUACAUACUUGGCUUGAGUUACUGUCACCAAAAUAUUGUCAGCCAAUGAGUUUCAUAUUUUUUGUUUUUUUUUAUAAAUUUUCAUUGGGACUUUUCAGCCAGUAAUCAUGAACAUUGUCAGUUGUAGAUUUAUUUGGGUUGAUAUUCCUGUUUUACAAACUGCUGUGAAUUAUACUUUCAUGAUAUCAUGAAGAACUUCAGUUUUGUGAUUGAUACAACUUUUAUUUUAUAGAUCUGUGUUUAUAGAACAUUUUAAUUUACACAAAAAUUAUACAAAUAUGUAUAUUAUGUACAAAUGUUAAUUCUGCAAUAA